GUCUGUGAAGGUCGGCGGCCCCAACGGGUGCCAGUCAGCUUUAAGGAAAAGUGGAAAUCACUCCUGACUAUACUGCAUAGCAAAAAUUUAGUGAUUUCCUAUACUGCAAGUCAUGGCACUACCAUUCCGGAAGGACUUAGAAAAGUACAAGGAUCUAGAUGAAGAUGAGCUCCUUGGGAAUCUAUCAGAAACAGAACUGAAACAACUGGAGACUGUUCUGGAUGACCUUGAUCCUGAGAAUGCCCUUCUGCCUGCAGGGUUCCGGCAGAAGAACCAGACGUCAAAGUCUGCCACAGGGCCAUUUGAUAGAGAACACCUCCUUUCAUACCUGGAGAAGGAAGCAUUGGAGCAUAAGGACAGGGAAGACUAUGUGCCCUACACUGGAGAAAAGAAAGGGAAAAUAUUUAUCCCGAAACAGAAACCUAUGCAGACUUUCACAGAAGAAAAAAUAUCUCUUGAUCCGGAAUUAGAAGAAGCUUUGACAAGUGCUUCUGAUACAGAAUUGUGUGACCUUGCAGCUAUUCUUGGGAUGCACAACUUGAUAACGAAUGCCCAGUUAUGUAAUAUAGUGGGAAGCAGUAAUGGUGUCGACCAAGAACAUUUUUCAAAUGUGGUAAAAGGUGAAAAGAUUCUUCCAGUAUUUGAUGAGCCACCAAAUCCAACCAAUGUUGAAGAGAGUUUAAAGAGAAUUAAAGAAAAUGAUGUUCAUCUUAUUGAAGUUAAUUUGAAUAAUAUAAAGAAUAUCCCAGUUCCAACUCUAAAAGAUUUUGCAAAAGCUUUGGAAACCAACACACACGUGAAGCAUUUCAGUCUUGCAGCCACACGGAGCAAUGACCCCGUCGCUGUUGCUUUUGCAGAUAUGCUGAGAGUAAACAAAAAUUUGAAGAGCUUAAAUAUAGAGUCCAACUUUAUUACAGGAGUUGGGAUUCUAGCCCUGAUUGAUGCUCUAAGAGAUAAUGAAACCCUGGCCGAGCUCAAGAUUGACAAUCAGAGGCAGCAGUUGGGAACAGCCGUAGAAUUGGAAAUGGCCAAGAUGCUUGAGGAAAAUACAAAUAUCCUUAAAUUUGGAUAUCAGUUUACACAGCAGGGACCCCGGACCAGGGCAGCUAAUGCUAUAACAAAAAACAAUGACUUGGUUCGCAAAAGACGAGUCGAAGGAGACCACCCCUAAGUCCACCAAGAUCCAAUCUUUGGGAAACUUGAAGAGGUUACUGGGAGCUCAUGGUGGUGAUGUCAGAUGUAAGAUUUUCCUGGGUAGAAGGGAAGAGACUGGAAAUCUUUUUUUUUUUUUUUUUUUUUUAACUACAUGUAUCUUUUUUCUAGUUUAUGUUGUUAACAGUUUCAAAUUGUAAAAUCAAUAGUAGGUGGUAUUUUGUAUUUUAGAACAUUUGUUCUUUCUGCUAAAAUCAAUUUUAAUUUAGCUUAAUUAAAUGGAUUGUGAGGAGUCACGAGUUAAAAAGUACAAUUGUGAAAGAAGUUUAGGAAAUCAUUUAUGUAGAAUACUAUGAACGGUUUAAGGACCAAUCUUUUUUAAAUCAUAAAGGGACCUAAUAGAAGAAUUGCCUUUGCACCUGUUAGGUACAAGACCCUCAUCAGAGCUUUCUUUCCUUAUCCCAUCGCAUGGAGCCCUUUCCCUGUUUUAGAAUACAUGAACUUGACAAGAGUGUGCUUUCUGUUUCUAUCAAGAAAGCAAAAUGCCAGAAUUUUAAACCGAGGACUCAAAACCUGGCCCUCUGUUCAGGAGUACAAGCCCAUCUCUGGGAGAGAGAAAGGGGCCUCCUGCCUCCUGCAGGUCACUGCACCCGCCUGAUGGGUGUGAGCCAGCAACAUCUAGACUUAUUUAAACACAGUCACCAGCUUGGCCGGGUUACGUACUUUGUUCAAAAGUAGAGUUGUGUCUAAAUUUAUUA